CACUGCCUCAUUCGGAGUCUGGAGCUGCCAGCGUGCCCGUCUCAGCCCGCACCUUCCUGCGUGUCCCGGCGUCUUAAAAAAAAAAAAAAAAAAAAACCAAACACAAGAACAAGGAAGAACUACACAGCACGCGCAUGCGGGAAAACGCGACAUUACUCGUCUUUUUUUUUUCUUUCUUCAAAAAACCCCCCCAAACCCCGCACGUCGCACGAUGACUUGUGUAUGAGGACUUCGGUUUGGGAUGCGGACAUCCACGAGCGUCUCCGCGGCGAGAAGCGCAUGAGAAAACACAACGUGUCCGCUCUCCCACCGACCCCGAGAAGGACUCCUCCCCACCUCGGCCGCGACACCUCCGGUGCAUCCCCGAGAAAAGGAUAACUCUCCUCUUUCGUUCAAGGGCCGAAGGCGCGAGACACAGCCCGACGUCCCCCCGCCCGUCUGCCGCGACACGCCGACCGACCCCACUGUGUGGCUCUGAAAAGUUGCACGGAGAACAUGGCCAUCUGACGUGCGCCACACGGCGUCGUUGGACACAUUGAGCGCCCCCCCCCCUCACUCUCUCUCUUUUAUCCAUCACACUGUGGACUGACUGCCCCCCCCCUCUGCUCUUUGGCUGUGGAGUAAGAAGAAGUGUUCGGCAGUUGUCAUUAGUCCUGACACAGGCUGCGUCCAGCAGCGCCCCGCAUCCGACCGAGCCGCCGCCGCCACAAGGCAGCGCCUGUUGUGCUGCGCAUUUGUUGUGUGAGUUAGAUGAGAGACACGUCUUCUCACAACUGACACCCUGCGUGACAUUAAAAAAAAAGAGAAAGAGAGCCUGUGAUUCAUCCGGACAAUCGACCCGCACCAGAGAGACGACACGGUGACGCGUCGUUUCGUUUUUUUGUUGUUUUUUUUCCUUCAUCGCAACUUUAAAUCCCGGUCAAACCGAACAAGUGUCUUCUCAAGUGUCCCCCCCCGCCGCACUCGAUCGGUCACGUCCCCUUUUCCCUCUCCGUCUUUCCACGUCGCGCGCCUCGCUAUCUUUCGGCUCAUUUGUUUCGCCUUUGACAAAAACAGCGCCAGCGGCCGCGCGAGUGAAUGAGACGCGCAUCACCUGUCCCGGUUGAAGCGCCUCCGUCCGACCCGACCGACCGACCGACGCGACGCUGAAGAGGAAUACGUGCCGAAGUUUCGCUGUAGUGAUGCUGCAAAUGGAAAUGGUCAUCUUCCUGUGCCUGGUGCUAUUGAUGUGUGCAUUUAGCCAGGAGCCCAGUUCCAAAGUGGUGGCCGACCGCUACGCCGUCUUCUGGAACCGGACCAACGCCAAGUUCCACCGUGGCGACUACCACAUCGACGUGUGCAUCAACGACUACCUGGAUGUCUACUGUCCCCACUACGAAGAGACGGUACCCGAGGAGCGCACCGAGCGCUACGUCCUCUACAUGGUCAACUACGACGGCUACAGCACCUGCGACCACACCGCCAAGGGCUUCAAGCGCUGGGAGUGCAACAGGCCGCACUCCCCCAACGGGCCGCUCAAGUUCUCCGAGAAGUUCCAGCUCUUCACCCCGUUCUCCCUGGGCUUCGAGUUCCGACCGGGCAGAGAAUACUACUACAUAUCCUCCACCAUUGCUGAGAACGGGAGGAAAACGUGCCUGAAGCUCAAAGUUUUCGUCCGACCAUCAAACAGCUGUGUGAAAACUAUAGGCGUACAUGACCGUGUUUUUGAUGUAAACGACAAAGUAGACAAUACAUUAGAACCACGAGACGACACCAGCCACGAGCCGGCCGAGCCUUCCCGAAGCGACGAAACCAACGCCGCGCCGCACCUGCAGAAAACGAGUCCGGUGCUGGCCCUGUUGCUGCUCUGCCUAUCGGCACUCUUCACUUCAUAGCGCCUUCCCCUGUCCCGGGGAGGGUGUGGGGGGGGGGGCGUUUACACCUAGCGUGGCCUGAAGCUGCCCACGGGUGCAGGGAAGUGGCGGGAUUUGCGUGGAGCGAGUUCGCUCCUCACGCAUCAAAGCAGGCUUCUCGAGGAACCCUCUAUUUUUUUCAGAAAUAUAUUUAAGUGGUCUUUCUCCGUCUGUGAGUGAAAUAAAGUUGAUGUUGGAAGCGGGGAAAGACAGUUUUUUCCCCCUUAAACGUUCAACUAAGAUGCCAAAUCCCCCCUUUUUUUCGACACAUGAUUCUUAUUUUCCGGUGACUUUCGACAUCCCUUUACAUCAUGUUUUAUGUAACCACAUCCCUAAUGUUUACCCACAUGCACACAUACACAGCAAAUACACAACACCAACCGUCAAUAGCAGUAGGGUUUUUACAGUAGCAGUAGUGGAAGAGUGAAUAUGCUAGGUGUGCUAGAAAGAACCCAACACACACAAAUAAAUGAGAGCUCUCCUGAAGCCUUUUGGAAAGCAUAGUGAUCGAGUCGUGCUGGGUUUAAAGUGAGGAGAUCAGGCCUCCAUUCCACAGGGAAGUGGAAGUGCGGAGCCGAAAGACGAAGACGCGAGUAAAAGAAAACGAAACGGGUUUUUUUUUAGCAGGUCGGACCGCAAACCCCCGGCACCGAGAAUGACACACGCGCGGCAUGCCCCUCCGCCCGCGGGCUCACCGGGCUGUCCCGGGUUAACGGAUUGCAGCCCAUUUGCCUUCGCGAAAUCCAAAAAAAUGGUGUGCGUUUGCGGUGAUUGAGCCGCUGUGGGCUGUGGGCUCUUUUUUGUUGCCCUGCCGUGUGAAGAGCACCACAGUCAGCUCGAUGAAACACAUUCGCUCCGCCCCGCGACUCGCAGAAAAAACAGCUAAAUUGAAACUUUCUCACCAGACAAUUUGCAGACUGUUAUUAAGAUGGAGGAUCAAUACAUUUUCGAAAGUUGAUCACACAAUUUCACGGCAACAGUCACAGUUAUUUUACGCAAUGUUUACCGAGCAGGGCUGCAAUUGUUCUCUCCGCUCUAUUUGACUAUUAGUCGAUAUAACACUCACAUAGACAUUUGUAUUCGCAGCUUUCUUUUCAGUGAUAUUGAUUGUUUGAGUGAUUGUUUAAAAAAUGAUUUGCAGAUCAAUUUGAGACUUUUAUUCUUUGUUAACUUUUAAGUUAUUUUAGGUUUUUGCCAAUUGUGUUUCCAAAAGAAUGUCUUUGACAGUGGGGAUACUUUCAUCUUUUCUUUUUUUUGUACCUUUGGAUAUCGACUUAAAUUCUAACAACAACCGAUCACAUGGGAAAGUGACCAUUUAAAUCACAGAACCAUACUCGUGUCCCCGACUGUCUCACUUAAAACCACAACCAUGAAAACUCAAACAUUAGUUACAUGGUUAUCACAUUCAGUUUAUUCCAGCAGUUAUGCAUUAUUCCCGUGACCGCUCCAAUAUCAUCAAUUAGUGGAAAACACAUAGCGCAAACCAACCAUUUCAUUCAAGGCAAUGCAAAGCUCUAUUUAGUCAGGUUUAUGUCAGCACUUACACCAAUAAAGGAAUCCACUACUUUUGAAUGAUCUUCAGCAUCCUUCAGCCCCUACAGAUGCACAUGGUGAGUUAGCAUAAUGGAGGCCGUUACGUCUCUUUUGCAAACAAUAGGCACUUCUUUCUGCUUGCUUUUCAAAGAAAUACGGAUGGAUGGAGAAAGGAACUCCCUGCUUUUAGAGACAGUGUUUCUGCAUCAGCAACAUGCACCAGCUGGUUUUAAAAAGACAGAUUGAAAGAGAGCAACAAAAGGAGCACAAGAGCAAUUACGUGUCCACUGCUGGCUCCUCCAGUUACAGGUUUAAGUGACUCUUUAAUGAGGUUCCAAAUGACAGGCAUGUGGACCCCAUGUUGUGGCAAGGGGAGUUAUUCCUGGUAUUAAAAAUAGAUAGGCGGAAGGCUUGGGGGGUCUCGGGAGGGGAUUGUAGAUUUCCUUCAUGGGGCGGAGGGGGAGGGGGGGGGGGGUUAAAGCACGAACCUAUGAACUAGCAGUUUGAGAGAAUGGAAAGAGAUGGAAAGACGUGAGAGAGGUAGCUGAGGACAGUGUGACUUGAGUGCCUAACAAAACCAAAAGAAUCCAACGCACACUACCGACAAACCACACCACAUUCAAUGACCUAUUAUUCAUCAUUCUAAAGGCAUGCACUGUUUGGGUUUUUUCUCGCUUUAUUUUCAUUUUUGUGGCUGCCUCUUUUGUUUUGUUUAUUUGCGCCACGGUAACAAUGCCAUUACAGCUCAGCUGUGGGGGGUAAUAGGAGCCGAGGCCGUUUAAUGAGGUACUAAUUUUCUGUAGAAACACCACAGGGAAUGAGCAUCUAAUAAGAUUCAGAAUCGACAGCAGAUUAACACUAGUCUUUUAUCAGAUACCAGCUUCAAUUGUACUCUCUUAUACCAAUACUACUAUUCGUCAUUAUUGCUAUUAUUACCAUGGUUUAUUCUGUACACUCUUUGACCUGGGAAAUGAGGAUCAACUUAAAAACUGGAUACCGUGUAUCCUGAGGUAGUCAACCAUAGAGGAAGUAGUCUUAGGUUAGUAUCCGUUUUGUACCUUUCUGAAGGACAAAAGAAAAAAAAAGAGAUAAUUGUUAAAACUGUAUAAUUAUUAUUAUUGUUAUGAUGAUGAGGAUUAUGACUAUUAUUAGGACAACUUCUUGAUGUAAAUAGUGUUUGAUAUUAAAGUAUUAAUUUGGUUCAUAUGUCUUUUCUAAAAAAAAAAACACACAAAUUAAACGGUAUUAUCUCUGGUUUCUCCGGAGUGCGUACUUCUCCUCAAACAAUGCAUUGAGUGCUUUGAUCCUCAAUGCCUAAGGAAACGUUGAACUACUAUGAAGGUUGGAACCUGUGGGAGCUGUACACAAGUGUACAGAAGGCUGAACAUUAGUCAAACGAGUGGCUCACCUGUUACACGUUUCAAACCAGUCACCAACUUCACAUCUCUUCAUUUAAGGAUCCUCCCUUGGAAAGAAAAGCUUUGGACUUGAUGGACGGCUUCUUUGUACCAGUUGGGCCUUCGGUGUUUGGAAGCAUGUUGGCCUUUAAAGAUCUGCCAUAAGCGGACGGUUUGCUUUUUAAUGGAAGGAUCUAUAUUUUCAUUAUGUGGCAUGCGCAUGAACUUGAUGACAUGUAUGAAAAAAAAAAAAGAAGAAAAAAAAUAUCUAAAAAGUUUCAAAAACAACGUUUUCUUUUGCUCUUGUUUUCUUUUCCUUUGAGUCGUGUUAGAUUUUCAGAUCACUUUCAUCCUUGUGUGUGUGUGUGUGCGCGUGUGUGUGUGUUUUUGCAUCCCCCCAUUCGAGUGAUGUCAUUAAAGCUGUGUAGUGACAGAUGACAAAUGUACAUAACACAAACAGUGGUUGUGAAGUGACAGUAGGGAGUCGGUCAUUUUGUAGUUCAAGAGCAACUUUUCUUUUUGUGACUCUUUCUGUACCUGUAUCAGCUGAUUUCAUCCCAUGGCCGUUGCAGUCUGUUCUACUGAACCAACAAACUAUUCCUAAUCUGUCACCUCUCCCGAAAGGAGGAGUUUUGGGAGUGUACACAUCAGUGCGUGGACGUUUUUUCAGUGUGUGUGUGUGUGUGUGUGUGUGUGUGUGUGUCUCAUUUGCUGUUGCCGCAGUGAAUGGGAAGCGGCAACCCUCUUUGGCAACGAAGAGUGUUUCCCAUGCCUUAGCCCUUUAGCCUCUGCCCUGGCAGCCCCGUCUGUGUACAAGACGCUUUCUGCCAUUGUGCUUUUACACGGGACGGCUGCUGGCGUCCAAGAGACCACAACAGGGCCCUUCACUUUCUCUCCCCUUUUUAACUGCCCUUAGUGUGUGCCCCCCCCCUCCCACCCCCCCCACCAAAUCCUAAACUGCAUUGUUAGUGGGGUAAAGCUUCCCAUCCAUCCAGGUUCUGCGCAUACGGAGCAAAAGCCUCUCCUCCCGUCACCUCCCCUCUUGCCCAUGAGCCACUUCUGUCUCCUUGCCCUUGUGCUUGUGUAACCUCCACCACACCACCUGCUGUUCUUCUUCCCUCACCUUUGAAAGCCCGCCCCCACUUUGCCAUCAUAGGGGGGAAUGUUUCCAACGUGCUCUUUUACAGUAUAUAAACAACAAAAGAAUUGACAAAAAACGAUCUGUCUUUGUAUAUACACGUGUCUGAAUUAUGAGUAAUACAAUAAAACAGAAAUACCUUG